AUGCCUUGUGCGGACUGUUACAGGGGACAUGACCAUCCCGGCCCCGUCCAUGGGCUUGAGGUUAAGCUUUUUGGUCACGAUGUCUACGUUACAGAGCCACAGUCCAAGAAAUCGGCACGAAAAGCGAUUAUUGUCGUUCUCACUGAUGCAUUUGGAUGGAACACAGCCAAUUUGCGCCGGCUUGCUGAUUCCUAUGCUGAGCGGACUAGCUGCAAGGUGUACGUCCCAGAUUUCAUGUAUGGAACCGCGGCACCUGCAUCGACAAAGGCGCUCGUUGAUAGGAUUCUCAGUGAAGAUGGUCUUUGGGGUUGGCUGGUAAAACCAUGGCUGAUUUUGAAAGCCGCAUGCGUCCUCAUACCCUUCAGCAUUCGAAAUAAACCCAUGAAGCGCUAUCCAGGUAUCCGGAAAUUUAUGGAUGAACUCCGCUGUACUGAAGGGGAAGAUCUGAGAAUCGGCGUUGUGGGGUUCUGUUGGGGCGGAUAUGGUGCCACACAGCUGGCUCACGGUGACUUGGCGAGGAAUGGAAAACCCCUCGUCGAUGCAGCUUACACCGCCCAUCCCAGCGAACUAAAACUUCCUGAUGAUAUUGAAAAGAUCAAACUUCCCUACAGCAUGGUUAUUGGCGAUAUCGACUUUGCUUUACCCCUCAAUGGCGUGCACCAAGUUGCCGAUAUUCUCGACAGCAAGAAAGAUGUCGAAAGCGAGGUGGUUAUCAUCUCAAACGCAAGACAUGGUUUCGCUGUUCGAGGCAGGCCGGAUGACCAAAUCGAGAAGGAAAUGGCGGAUCAAGCGGAGGAUCAGAUGGUUAAAUGGUUUGCCAGAUACUUAGUCUAG